AUGAAAACCAUCUUCCUAAUUGCCUUGGUGAUGUCAACCAUUCUUGCAAUAACUCAGGCCCUUAGUUGCCCGAAAUGUGACGCUGGGGUGAUCAAGUGUCCUGAGAUUCAUAAACUGAAAUGCAAAGGUGGCCUUGUUACUGAUGUAUGUGGUUGUUGUGCUGUGUGCGCCAAAGUCAAGGGGGAGAAUUGCGGAGGACCUUUUAACAUAACAGGCAAAUGUGACUGCGGUUUGAAAUGCUUGAAGAGCCCAAAGGAAAUGGCAACCAUGGGAGAAUUUAAUGCUAAAGGAACAUGUGUACCAAGGUAA